AUGGCUGCAAUAAUCAAUCAACGCGUCGAUCAGAGCGGCGAAUCGAGUAUGGGUGGUGCGAAGCCAGUUCUCCUUCACAAAAUCGCUGGACACGUGGCACGUAUCAACGAUGUGAUUCUUCUAUCGAAAGACGAAGGAGUAUGGACUGCGAGUGAUGAUAGAUCAGUUCGUUUGUAUUUGAAGAGAGAUAAUGAUCAAUUCUGGCCGUCGAUUCAUCAUUUUAUGCCAGUCGCUCCGACUUGUCUGUAUUACAGCGAGGAGACUUAUAAACUUCUUGUCGGAUUGAUCAACGGAAAUGUGUACGAAUUCAGUGUUUCUGACGACUUCAACAGUAUGACAGAAUCACGUAAAUGGACGUGUCACGCGGGUCCGAUCUCUGGAUUGGGAUUCGCUUUGUCUGCCGAACUGAUCUUCAGUUGUUCCCGUGAUAAAUCAAUCGUCUGGCAUUGUUCAGAGAAUUCGAACAAGAUGGGAUCAUAUCUCCUCGAGAAUAGUUGUACUUCAAUGGUCAUUGCACUUCCAUUCGUAUUUGUUGGUGAUCACGGAGGACAUGUUACUGUACUUCGAAUUAUUGAUAAUCAACCACAUCUUGUCAGCAAACUCAGCGCUCAUACUAAUUCGAUCACAACACUGUCAUGGGACGGAAAUAAGCAAGUGUUAUACUCGGGAAGCAGUGAUCAUCUCAUCAUAAUGUGGGAUAUUGGAGGCGGAAAAGGAGAGGCUUAUGAGCUAAAUGGUCACAACGGAAAAGUGAAUGCACUGUGUGCCGCCCCUGCAGCGAAACGACUGUUCUCUGCAGAUGAACACGGAAAACUGAUGUGUUGGGAUAUGGAAUGUAAACGAGUCGAAACGCCAGAAUGGAAGUCAACCGAUUGCUGUCAAAAGUGCAAUCAACCAUUCUUCUGGAAUCUUCAGGCAAUGUGGCAGAGGAAGGUCGUCGGACUCAGACAACAUCACUGUCGAACUUGUGGAGCCGCCGUUUGUGGCAGUUGUUGUGAUAAUUGGACAACUUAUCCGCCGAUGGGAUAUGAGACGAAAGUUCGCAUUUGUAAUGAGUGUGCGGGAAAGAUGAAAGAGAAUCCACACAAUUUCAACCUGACCCCUCUGGCGAUCUGUCACGAAAUUCGUACAGGAAUCACCGCAAUGCAUCUCCAGGAGACACUUGGCUUGCUCGUCACCUCUGGCCAAAACCGUGUCGUCAUGAUUUGGGAUGUCCGAAGUGUUUGCUCCGCCCCCUCCGGUUCAGGCGGUCCAUGA